AUGUUGGACCUCUUCGCACCUGUCAAAUGCCUCCUGCAGGAAGAAUCCGUCUGUAUCGACAAUGUCGUCUUCAGGUUACAUUCACGCGUCACCGUCCUCCUGCUGGUCAUUUGCACCGUCCUCGUGAGCGCCAAGCAAUACAUCGGCGAACCGAUCUCUUGCAUGACCGAUGCUUCCAUUGACAAGGAUUCCGUAAAUGCGUAUUGCUGGAUCUAUAGCACGUUCACGGUGUCCCGACAUCUGAACGGCGUUCCCGGACGGGAUGUCGCGAACGCUGGCAUAGGACAGGCUCUUCCAAAUGAUGAAGUUCGUCAUCAUCGGUAUUAUCAGUGGGUCUGCUUCGUCCUCGGCUUGCAGGCCAUUCUCUUUUACGUGCCGCGCGCGCUGUGGGGCGUCUGGGAAAGAGGCACCUUGGGCCUCCUCUCGCGGGAUCUCGCGUCCCCGUUCCUGCGGGACGUCUGGACCGCGGAGAGGAAGCAGCAGCUCGUCGAUUACUUCACCAAGACGAAUCUGCACGGUCACAAUUUCUACGCACUCAGUUUCCUCGCGUGCGAGCUGCUGAACCUUUUAAAUUCGGUGGGACAGAUAUAUCUGCUGGAUGUAUUCCUGGAGGGACAAUUCAGGCGGUACGGGCUUUUGGUGAGCUCUUUCGCCUUGGAGGGGAGUCCGCACGAUCGGAUCGACCCGAUGGCGCGGCUGUUCCCGAAGAUGACCAAGUGCGUGAUUCACACCUUCGGGCCGGCCGGCUCGGUGCAGACCCACGACAUGCUCUGCGUGCUGCCGUUGAACGUAGUGAACGAGAAGAUCUUCGUCGUGCUGUGGUUCUGGCUGGUCUUCCUCGCGGGCUCCGGCCUCCUCGCGGUGAUAUACAGGAUCACAGUUUUCUCGCAGUUCCGGGCGAGAGUGUAUCUCCUGCGCGGCGCGACUCGCACGCUCCGAAAAUCCAAGGCCGAGCGUGUCGUACGGGCAUUCCACUUCGGCGAUUGGUUCCUGCUGCAACAACUCGCGGAGAACGUCAAUCCGCUUGUAUACCGGGAGCUGGUUAACGAGAUAGCGAGUGCGCUCGCGACGAAGAGUUUCGCCAACUUCAUCUAGAUCUCGUCUCGAUUUCCUCCUAAGUAGCAUUACUCGGGAUUCGAUUUACGGAACUCCAA